AUGGCACCGUACCAAAAGUGGCCUAUUUACGCCACCAAAAGGAUGGUAGAAAUCAUUCCGAACCUAUGUAUGGAGGGGAAAAGGCACACAGUAGUCGCCAAUGUUAUGUUUCACUGCCUUGGGUCAGGAAUCUUAGAUAAGGAGUAUAACACAGUGUUUCGAAACGAAUACAUGGAGACCCUGAACCAUCUGUUUAACAAUCGCAUGAAGGAGGAGAAUGGUGUAAAUUCGCACGAGGGUGUAAAGGAGCUGGUGUUUUCUCCAUUUAACCAAAGGCUGGUGAAUGAAGUGAGUCCGAGCAUAUACGCAACUCAAAGGGACCACCUAAUCUCAUCGUUGGAAGAGUCGCUGAAGAAUUUUUCAAUGUACUAUACGGACGUGAAGGAAAACAUUGAUCUGAACAGAAUGUAUCACUCAGUUGGAGUGGACUUUGUGAAACUAAUAAAGCUACUGAGACUGGAACACAAGCUUGAGGAGCUCAGUGCAGAUGUAAUAAACGACUUUUUUAAGGAGUCGAUAGGAAGCAGAGAGUUCCAUAAGGUUAUGGAGUUUCUGCAAAUGCUAAUGGCAAAGAAGGAAUUGGAUAUGUUCACACCAUUUGUAAAAGGAUCAGUGAGACUGGUAGAAGUGUUAGUUGGAGUGGUAGAAACAGAGUCGAGAACAGUGUUGGAGCAGUUCUAUAGGCAGAUUCCUAAGGAACUACACACCCAGUGUUUAAAGUUUCUGAGGUCAACGGAUCCGAAUACAGGUUUAUUGAUAUACGAUUGGGGUUACAGUGAGUCUGAAUUAAUAUUGAGUGGUAACCUAGAAAAUGUGAGCGGACAACCACAAAGAGCAUGCUCUAGGGCUGAUGAAGAGACACGUAACAACACAGUACUAGAUAGAGUACUCGUGAAUAACAUAGCAAGCCUGUAUUCAGCACUCCAGACUCUGAAAACACUAAGUAAACAGGGAGUCAGAGGGUCAAAUAAAAAUUUUCAAAAUGAACUCAGAAGUAGCAUAUCGGUCCACUUUGAACCAGACAUAGUGGUGAUAUCAACGCACAGGGACGUAUUUGUAAUAGACACACUAAUAAGAGAUUCACUGUACAAGGCGUCACUGUACAAACUGCUCGACUUUGUAUGGUCGUCAGAGUUAACUAAAAUAGGCCACAACAUAAUGUUGAACAUGGCAAAGCUAUCGUGCCAAUUUGAAGAACCAUUCAGGAAAUAUAACAAAAUAGUGGACCUAAACGACAAGAGAGUUAAGAAGAUCAAGGUGCACAAUGAAGAUGGAGCAUAUGAGACUAGUCAAUUUAGAUCAACAGGGAUCACCAGGAACUUGAAUGGCUUGCUACAGGAGUAUAACGUAGGAGUGCCUCCCAGAAAAAAAUGGAACGGCAUGAGACCAAUACCAGUUGAAAGAGUAAAAUACCUAUCAAUAGUAGCAAGAGGGAUGCUGUCAAUCGAAUAUCAGCUCAGAUCGCAAGGAUGGAUGCCGUCAUCAAUUUGCGCUAGCUCCUCCGAAGAAAAGACGAAAAUAGAGGUGUAUCCAUUCGAUAGUAAGAGAAAUAAAGGAGUAAAAGAUCUAGGUUCAGAGAAAAACAGUGACCCUGAUAGCGUUGAAAUAUCAGAGAAAACUGAAGAUUUCCUUUAA